AUGCCGGCCUACAACUCCAUGUUCAACGACGACCCGAACCCGCCGCGGCUGGUGGGCAACUUCCCGCUGCUGCCGCUGCGCACCAAGACGCGGGGGCCGGCGUACGUGCUGCCGGCGCCGGCGGAGGCGCUGGCGGCCAGCGAGUCGCCGGACCCGGACUCGGAGUCGUACGACAUCCUGGACGAGGUGCUGUCGCUGUUCCGCGCCAACACCUUCUUCCGCAACUUCGAGAUCCAGGGCCCCGCCGACCGCCUCCUCAUCUACGGCAUCCUCUUCACCAGCGAGGUGCUCGGCAAGAUCCGCCCCCACCACGGCGUCCGCGACGCCCAGAAGGAGGUCCUCAACACCGCCCUCGACCUCAACUUUGCCAUCCCCGGCGACCCGGCCUUCCCCCUGAACCAGAUGUACGAGCCCCCGAGAGACCGACAGGACGCCGAGCAGCUACGGCAAUACCUGUCCCAGGUACGACAGGAACUGGCGAGCAGGUUAUUAGCGAGGGUAUACGAGGAAGGCGGAGACGGCAAGCCCAGCAAGUGGUGGUUAAGCUUCACAAAGAGGAAGUUCAUGGGCAAGAGCCUGUAG